AUGAUGACCCUUUCCUCCCCACUUGUUGACCACAAGCCAUCAAUAAAAUUGAGCAGCCCAGACAAUGUGACCUGUGUGUGCAGGCAGCCACAAAAUUGUCAUCAGCAUAGAAUUGGACUUGGCAUGCUCCUUGUCAUCUUCCUCGCGCUGCUUCAGUUCGAUGGUGCAGUCGAUGUCCUCGACCACGAGAAUGGACCGGUUGGUCAUCCCGACGAGAAGCCUCCUGAGGUCGGAGUUGGAGUCGACCCCGGUGAGCUCGAGGUCGUAAAUGUUGAACCUGAGGUGGUUGGCGAUGGCGGCGAUGAGGCUGGACUUGCCGGUGCCCGGCGGGCCGUACAGCAGGUACCCGCGCUUCCACGCCUUGCCAAUCCUCCUGUAGUAGUCCUUCCUCUUGAUGAACCGGUCGAGGUCGUCCACAAUUGA